AUGGCAGAAACAGAGUCAGAGAACCUAACAGAUAUCACGGCAUUCCAGUUGCUGGGAUUUGUAGGGCUUGGAGAUCUGCAGAUUCCUCUCUUCUGCCUCUUCUUAGUUAUCUACAUUGUUACUAUGGUUGGGAACAUCCUCAUCAUUUUUCUAGUCAUUACUGAUCGCCACCUUCACACCCCUAUGUAUUUCUUCUUGGGAAAUCUGUCUUGCCUGGAGACCUGCUACAGUUCUAACAUCCUUCCAAUGAUGCUGGCUAAUCUCUUCUAUGGUAGGAAGAGAUCCAUUUCUGUAACUGGCUGCAUGCUGCAAUAUUACUUUUUUGCUAUUUUGGGAGUUGCUGAAUGUUGCCUCCUAGGGGCAAUGUCCUAUGAUAGGUAUGUAGCAAUUUGUAAGCCACUGCAUUACACAACACUAAUGAAUGGCAGAAUUUGCCUCCAGUUUAUAGUUGGAUCAUGGAUCAAUGGUGUAUUUGUUAUGAGCAUAGUUUUAUAUCUAAUGCGUCAGUUAAAGUUCUGUGGCCCCAAUGAAAUCAAUCAUUUCUUUUGUGAAUUGAAUCCAAUAUUAAAGCUAGCGUGCAGUGACACCCACUUCAUUGAAGUAGUAACAUUUUUGAUAUCUGCUAUGUGUAUCUUGCUUCCUUUCUUCUUGACCUUGGCCUCUUAUAUUUUCAUUAUUUCUACGAUCAUGAGAAUGUCAUCUGCCAGUGGGAGGAAAAAAGCUUUCUCAACCUGCUCCUCACAUCUCAUGGUGGUGUCCAUUUUCUAUAGCACAUUAAUGAUUGUCUACAUUUUGCCCAAAACAGAUGGACUGCGAAACAUCAACAAAGUCUUGUCUCUGUUUUAUACAGUCCUCACUCCUUUGUUCAAUCCUCUGAUAUACAGCCUAAGAAAUAGAGAGGUAAAAGAAGCCCUUAGAAAAGCAGUUGCUAAAUUGUGUGCAACUGAAAGAAUACAUCACUUUAAUCUAGUAUGA